AUGAGUGCCUCACAGCCCACAACCGGGCAGACCAAUGUGUCCACCGCAGCGGCCGAUGCAGGCCUCACUGCUCUCAAGACUCGUCUCAAAUCGAAGUUCGUUAUCGCCUGCGCGCUCAAUGAGGAGUUUGACAACGAAUGGAAGUGGCGCCCGGUCCCCAAGUACACCCUCUCCACCCUCUCUCCCGAGUGGGUAUCGCUCGAUGAGAAGGACGUCGACCUCCCUCUCAUCGCUGAACUCUACGCGAGGCUGUCCACGUUGUGGCACAGCAUCCGCGUCGACACGAGCUUCUAUGAGGGUCUGACCGAGACGUGGCUCAAGGACCAGGUCGACGAGGAGGAUGCCGCGUUAGAGAAGUGGACCGCCAAAGUCUCCACCUUUCUCAGGAAGACCUGCAACGAGAAUAAGCACUUGGAGAAGCUGUCGGUGGGUGCAGUCUCGCAGAAGGAGCUUAAGGGUGCUCUAAAGAAAGGCUGGGGAGCGGACGUGGAAGCCAGCCGCAAGAUCAUGGCGCGAGUGCAAGCGGCCGUCACGCCGUAUACUCUCAAUGGCGCCAGCAUCGCCUCAAAUCGCUUUGACAAGCCUGCCUCUGAGUACUGGCCUGGGGUGUUGAAGCGGGCUUUGGAAGACCAGGCGUAG